CUACUUGUUGGCACUGCCACCUGAAUUUCCUGUUCGUGAAAAAAAAAGGCGAGCAGGAGGAUGGAAUCGCGGAAUCGGGAAAAGUGAGAUGUUGGUCUGCACAGCGACGUAGCUUUUUUUUUCUUUUCUUUUCCCUGUAACUAAAAUAGUAAAUGUUUAGCAAUAUUUUCACUUUCCCCGCACCAAGACAACAAGCUAAAUCACAGAUAUGACCAGCAAAGAUAUAAAAACAGGAAUGAAACGCACAUUAUUAUGGAAGUGGAGGCUGUGGCCUGUGUUGUUUGUAAUGAUCCUUCCAAUGGUGCAGUCUGCAGAAGAGGAAACCUUGCAGCAGGGAUCCUGGAGUGAUAGCUGGAUUUUAAAAUUUUUUCUAAAUCUUGGUGGCUAUGCUACAAUCAUAAUUCCUGGCUACAUUUUAAUCCAGUACUUUAAGAAAAUAAACUACUUGGAAACAGGUAGUGGUAUUUGCUUUCCUGUUAUCAAAAAUUGCAUUUUUGGAAGUGAUCCCAAGCUAUCUAACCAAGAAGAACUGUCUUCAACCUUUAAAAAUGAAACAACAGAAUCAUCCUCCAUGAAGCAGGCACUUAAACUUCUGUUUUGUGCUGUAGGCUUACAGAUUUCCUAUUUGACAUGGGGUGUCUUACAAGAACGUGUCAUGACGAGAACAUAUGGAACCACUGAGACUGACCUUGGAGAAAAAUUUAAGGAUUCCCAGUUUUUGGUUUUUAUGAACCGCAUUUUGGCAUUAACUGUAGCUGGUGUCUACUGUGCCUUCACCAAGCAGCCUCGACAUGGAGCACCCAUGUACAAAUAUUCAUUUGCCUCUCUCUCUAACAUCUUGAGCAGCUGGUGUCAGUAUGAAGCUCUUAAAUACAUCAGUUUUCCAACACAAGUACUGGCAAAGGCAUCAAAAGUCAUCCCCGUAAUGCUGAUGGGAAAGAUUGUAUCUCGGAAGAGCUAUGAAUAUUGGGAGUACUUUACAGCAGUCUUAAUUUCAGUAGGAGUCAGUAUGUUUUUGCUUUUCAGUGAAACAAAUAAGCACCCAUCCAAAGUCACUACCUUUUCUGGCCUCAUCAUUCUCACUGGUUACAUCGCAUUUGAUAGCUUCACUUCCAAUUGGCAAGAUAACCUUUUUAAGUACAAGAUGUCUUCUGUGCAAAUGAUGUUUGGAGUCAACCUCUUCUCUUGCCUUUUCACUGUUGGUUCUCUUCUGGAACAGGGUGCUUUUUUUGAAUCUGUCAAAUUCAUGAGUCGUCACUCGGAGUUCACGUUCCACGCAUUGCUUCUUUCUGUCUGCUCGGCUUGUGGCCAGCUAUUCAUUUUCUACACAAUUAGCCAGUUUGGUGCUGCUGUUUUUACCAUCAUAAUGACAUUACGACAGGCCAUUGCCAUUCUUCUGUCUUGUUUUAUCUAUGGUCACACUAUCACAUUAUUUGGUGGUCUAGGCGUGGUGAUUGUCUUCUUAGCACUCUUCUUACGAGUUUAUGCCCGUAGUCGAAUGAAGAAGAGAAUGAAAAAAACUGCAUUCAGUCAAACACCAGUUCAAAAGGUGUAACAGCAGAAGGUAAAUGUAGACAUACAGUACUUGCAAAAUAAAAAUACUUUCAAAUAAGGAUUUCCCAGUAUAGCACAGUUAGACAGUGGGAGUUUGUACAACUUUAGUUAAUUUCAUUUUAUUUAUAUGUGCUUUAUUUUUUUUAAUACAUUUUAAGAUAUUACCAAAUUUAUGUUGAGUUUCAUCCCACCAUAAUUAACGGAUUUUAAGUGUCAUUUAAGUUCUUUUUUUUUUUCCCAGUAUACAGUACAGUUAACUAUUUCUAAUUGCUGCAGACCAAACAGUAUAUCAAUGAAAUGUAAUCUGUCAUACUCAUUCCUACAAGUAAAAGUGAUUUUGGGAGAAAUUAUACCAGAUAUGUAUUUUUUAAUAGACAAUUUCCAGUCUUUUAGAUUGUCUACUUAUAAUAUCUAAUUAGAGAAAAGCUGUUUCUGACUGUUACCUAUUUCUGAUGAGAAGCACUACAUAUUUUGGUCAGUUUUAACAAAUGGCUUACAGGAAUUGUUUACAAUAUUUCAUAUUUACACACUCUAUUACAAACAUUUUUUCUUAUAUUUGGAUAAAGUCCCAUUUAAUGCUUAAUAGCCACUGUGAAAAGAAGAUUGUUGUUCCUUUUAGGAAAGCAGAAACAAUUAAAUGAUUACUACAUUAUCAA